UGUGUGUGUGUGUGUGUGUGUGUGUGUGUGUGUGUGUGUGUGUGUGUGUGUGUGUGUGUGUGUGUGUGUGUGUGUGUGUGUGUGUGUGUGUGUGUGUGUGUGUGUGUGUGUGUGUGUGUGUGUGUGUGUGUGAGAGAGAGAGAGAGAGAGAGAGAGAGAGAGAGAGAGAGAGUGUGUGUGUAUCUGUGUGAGAGAGAGAGUGUGAGUGUGUGUGUAUCUGUGUGGGAGAGAGAGUGUGAGUGUGUGUGUAUCUGUGUGAGAGAGAGAGCGUGUGAGUGUGUGUACCCCUCUGGCUCCUGGUGAACUGAGGAGGUGUUAUGCCAUCCAGCGUUGAAGUUGUCUCUCUUGGAUCGGGAGGAAGAGGGCCAGUGGCGGAGGGGGCCAUCGGUGGAGACGAGCGGCUCAGUUUCAGAAUAAUGUCUUCCAAGCAAGCCACCUCUCCGUUUGCCUCCGUCGCCGAUGGGGAGGAAGCCAUGAGUCAGGACCACCUGUCCUGGGAUAAGGAGGAGAGUGCCGAGGCCCACGGGACGCCCCAGCUGCCCCUGCACAGCCUGCUCCACAGCAAGGGCUCCAUGGACGAACUGCAGCCCCUCAGCAGUGUCCCUCCAGAGAGUGACUGGGACAGCAUGGUGUCAGCCCAGCAGCGCAUGGAAUCUGACAGCAAUAAAGUAUGUUCCCUGUACUCCUUCCGGAAUAACUCAACCUCCCCACACAAGCCUGAGGAGGGGGCCCGGGAGCGCGGCGACCUGCUGAGCGGAUCUGUGUUCGGAACUCCGGAGCGCCGCAAAGGAAGCCUGGCCGACGUGGUGGACACACUGAAGCAGAAGAAGCUGGAGGAGAUGACAAAGUCAGAGCAAGAUGAAUCCAGUUGCAUGGAAACACUUCUGUCAAAAGACUGGAAAGAGAAGAUGGAAAGGCUCGACACCGGUGAUCUUCUGGGAGAAGUUAAAGGUACUCCAGAGAGCCUGGUAGAGAAGGAGCACCAGCUGAGCACCAUGAUCACUCAGCUGAUCAGCCUGAGAGAGCAGCUCCUGGCCGCUCACGAUGAGCAGAAGAAGCUGGCCGCCUCACAGAUGGAGAAACAGAGACAGCAAAUGGAGCUGGCCCGCCAGCAACAGGAACAGAUUGCCAGACAACAGCAGCAGCUUCUGCAGCAGCAGCACAAAAUCAAUAUCCUCCAGCAGCAGAUUCAGCAGGUCCAGGGUCACAUGCCUCCGCUCAUGAUCCCUAUUUUUCCACACGACCAGCGCACCCUGGCAGCAGCCGCCGCAGCCCAGCAGGGCUUUCUCUUCCCACCGGGAAUCUCUUACAAGCCAGGUGACAACUACCCGGUGCAGUUCAUUCCAUCCACAAUGGCAGCUGCGGCAGCGUCAGGACUCAGCCCCCUCCAGCUUCAGGUAUGUGCUACCACAAAGAAUGCUGCUCAGGACGCCUGCCAAGCCCAGGGCAGAAAAACGGCUAAGCAGCUGUAUGCUAAGUAG